AGAUGGAGCAGUCCCCUGCAAUGCGUUCUGACUACUUGGUCUCAGGGAUUCGAACUCCCCCAGUGAGGAGGAACAGCAAACUGGCGACACUGGGCAGGAUCUUCAAACCAUGGAAGUGGAGGAAAAAGAAAAAUGAGAAGCUAAAGCAGACAUCUGCAGUGCUGGAGAAAAAGAUGACAGCACGACAAGGUCGGGAUGAACUCAUUAAGAAAGGCCUUCUGGAGAUGAUGGAACAAGAUACCGAAGGGAAAGCCUGCACUGGUGACGAUGCCACGAGAGCAAUGCAGAGUGACCCUCCAGCUCCUGUGUGCCAGGCACUUGCCUCAGAAGAGGUUCAGCAAGAGACUUCAAUAGCAGCCACAACAAAUGUGACCUUGCUUGGCGAGGAGCUGCAUUUGGGUGAGCUGAAAGAAGAUGCAGCCAAGAAACCUUCAGCACCCACUGAAGAAUUAGAAGAUGCCAGCCUGUCAGCAUCUGAAGACAGUCCACAAGCCUUACUUGCAUCUGAAUCCAUGGAUUCCCCUCAGAAACAGACAGAACGAAACCCAGCACAGCUUCCCAGCCCUCCGCUGCUCCCAGCUCCACCACCUAAGGCCAUCUCCAAAAUCACAAAAACUGUAACAGCAGGAAGCGAAAUAGAUGACCCAGCCAUGAAAUCUCCUCCUUCCACCAUCCUGAAGAACUAUGUCAUUGUUGGUUCCUCCCAAAUCUCAGGACAAGCUGCCCUCUUCCAUCCUUCUGGCCAGAAAAGUUCAGAUCCCCAUGUCAGAGGACAGGUAACAACGCCAACUGGUUCCCCUCACCUGGCUGCCAUCCACUUGCCUUUACCUCCCAGCAGAGUCAUUGAAGAACUCCACAGGGCUCUGGCCACCAAACACCGGCAGGACAGCUUCCACGGAAGAGAAAGCAAAGGCUCUCCAAAAAAAAGAGUGGAUGUCCGUCCAUCCAGAACAUCUAGCAUAGAGCGCAACAAAGAAAAGGAGAACUCGCUGACCUACAGCAGUGACUCAGAAAAUAAGCGGAACUCGGUUAAAGAGUCAGAUGAGAACAAAGAAAACAUGAUAAUUAACUCAGAGCUCAAGGAAGACUCUGUUUUUUAUCAGGAUGAGGAAGUUUUGAAUGACUCCAUUAUUUCUGGUACUUUGCCAAGAAAAUGCAAGAAAGAAUUGCUGGCAGUAAAACUACGAAACAGACCAAGUAAGCAGGAGCUGGAAGACAGGAAUAUUUUUCCAAGGAGAACAGAUGAGGAAAGACAGGAAAUCCGGCAGCAAAUUGAAAUGAAACUCUCAAAGCGACUCAGCCAAAGACCUGCUGUUGAGGAGCUAGAAAGAAGAAAUAUACUUAAACAACGAAAUGAUCAAACAGAACAGGAAGAAAGAAGGGAAAUCAAACAGAGACUGACAAGAAAGCUUAACCAGAGACCUACAGUUGAUGAACUAAGAGACAGAAAAAUUCUGAUUCGAUUCAGUGAUUACGUGGAAGUGGCGAAAGCACAGGACUACGACAGGCGAGCAGAUAAACCAUGGACAAGACUGUCAGCAGCAGAUAAGGCAGCAAUACGGAAAGAGCUAAAUGAAUACAAAAGUAAUGAAAUGGAGGUACAUGCAUCAAGCAAGCAUUUGACAAGGUCAGUUUUCCAGCUGCUAAGAACAAUCUGCUUGAGUCCUGACUGCUAA